UGUAGCUGUUGAGUAUGGCACUCGAUAUGGAUUAUUAAAUAAAUGCAUUACCGUGUACGGCAAGGAUUAGGACCGGCUAAUCUAUUUCCUUUAACGGAUCAUUAGACGAUUGUUUCCGAUGACUUUAUAUCCGUGAUACAAUUUCAAAAAUAAAAUACUUAUGCUAUCGAAAACAUGAAUUACAAGUACUCUGUAUGUACACCUGGCAAGUGCAUUUAGCGACAAAGUGUUAAUAUGUUAAUUUGUGUCACUGUUAAACAAACGAGAGUGUGGGUUUUAAUGUUUACAUUUGAAAAUGUACGUUCUACAAUUGAACAUCAUAUUAUGCAAAUCGUUACUUUUGAAAAACCUGUUCCAAAAGUUUCUGGUUCGAAUUGGUACUAUAAAGUUACUGAGAUUAAGGAAAAUUGUGAUACGUUGAGACGUAAUGCCUUCCAACUGCAAAACGAUUCAUAUAAGUUAAGAAACAACGCUAAUAUAACAACAACAUGGCAUACAAAUCAUACCAAUUCAUCAAUUAUAAAUAGACAAAAAGAAAUAAUAAAAUGGAGAGAUUUAAUUGAAAAAUUACAUAAAAAGUUGUUAAAAGAAAUAGAUGAUAUGAAAAAUGAGAAAUCACUCGGGGAAAAAACACUGGAGUUUUUAAAUUUAAACUUUAGUGUUACAAAUCAUUGUUUAAGCAUAAGAGAUGAAAGAGGAGGUGCCGAUUUAUGUUAUGAUAUUGCUGACAUUGAAUUGAAAAGUGAACAGCAUAUAUUGGAAUCUUUAAAAAGAAAUUUAACUGAAAUAUGUCAAAAUGCAUGGGAGCAAAUUAACAAGUUAGAAAAUUUACGCAUCAUUGUCGAAGAAGAUCUAAAAAAUAAGAAGCAAGCCAUAGAAAAUGAUGAAGAAUUGUUAAAAAUGACCAAAGAUUCUAAAAAUAUAUCUCUCAAACCAGAUUCACUCAGAAAUCUUGAUAAUUUUAAUACAUACGAAAAAUGGCUAUCUUUGUGUAAUCAUUUAAAAUUGAGANUGUACUUAUUAUUAACUUUUUUUGGUGUUAAUGGUGUUUCCCGAGUGUAA